AUGUUGACCUGUUUUUCUUCGAAUUUUUCGCGCCCAGUGUGUAAUCUUAUCGAGAGUGAUGUACACGUGAUCAUAAGCUUGACAGUUUGCUCUGCGGCACAAUUGAUAGAAUCACAAACUACACCGUAUAAAGUAACGCAUGUUGCUAUACCUCGACCAGCGUGCUCUAAAAGUAUUAUCACUUCUAGUACCAUGGCAGAUACAACAACAAUAUGGAUUCAGCCAACACCCGAACGUACUGGCAGAGCAAUAUAUGAACUGAGUGAAAUUGAACGUGCUGCACUUGCUCUACUUUUAAGCGAUGCAAUUAAUUUGGAAACGAAUUCAGUCUUGGAUCUGAUUUUGCAUUCACAAGUGAACAGCGGAAAAUUUGUUCCGUACUUUACAACCCAAAUUUAUUCUAAUCACAAUCAAACUAAUCUAUACUACCCAACUUCAAAUGAUCAUAUUUCAAUGCAUAAAACGCUGCAAAUGAUUCAAAAUUUGACGAGUCACACAUUAUCCAAAUUUCUGUUGACUCAUGUUUUUCAAGUUCAGACUGAACCACUCGAUUUAGCCCAACUAUAUUCGAUAUUCCAGAACAGAUAUAUAUUUAAGAAUUUCUACUGGAUUUUCGCUACAACAUUAACUACGACACCAAACGAAUUAAUCCGUGUAGCAAUGACCAAUCAGAAAGAAAAGGUUGCAGCAGGGUUUUUCCGACAAUUCCCCAUACUGAAUGAGGAGGAUUGUUUAAACAGUGAUAUCCAGCAGAAUAUGCGAUUACUAAUGCAAGAAAUGUUCCAGUGCAAUACAAACAAUAUAACUAAGAAAUUAAUUUUAUUCAUACAUGUGGAACCACGCAAAAGUGAUCAGAUGUUUGUUGCUAGUUUUCAUGACAAACAAUCAGUUGCAACAAUUAACAGUUGCGUGUUAAUUCGAGUAGUACUGUCAGCUUUUCUUGCAUUUCAGGAACGUGAACUGCAAGCUGUUUAUAUGAUACUCUUGUCGAGUCAAGCAUCAAUUUUAAUAAAAAGCCUUUCGUUGGAUAUAUUAAGUUCGCCACCAAUUCAAAACUGUGGCUCUGAUACCAUUCAGCGUAGACCUCUUGGUCAAUUAUUUUACAGGAUUCUUCUCAAUCUUGCAGAAUUACCGAAAUGGAGAAACCUACUCUUUUAUUCACUAGAGACAGAUGCAACAGGAAACACUAGAUUUUUUGUUACUGGAAAUUUCAGUGAGGAUGGUGAUUCUAAAUUGAACGAUCGUGCGAAGCUUGUUGCAAAGCAAAGCCUUUUAAGUGGUUUAUUUCCAAAUGUCUUUCGAACAUUUCAGAAUCAAACUAUAAACGUUUCAACAGUACUAGAAGCUCCAUAUGUUAUGGGUGGUAAGGUAACUGAAAACCUUGAAAUACUGGAUGCGAAAGGUCUGGUGAUAGAUAUAUUAAAUGAAUUCGCGCAUCGGCUUGAAUUUCGCUAUCGACUGUUCCUUCCACCUGACGGGGACUAUGGUGCCAGAACUACAAACUCAACAUGGACUGGUAUGGUUGGCGAACUACUAGCUGGCAAAACUGACAUCGUAGCAGCACCCCUCUCUAUAAAUAAGGAGCGGUCAGCAUUUGUUUAUUAUGUUGGACCAUUUAUAGAAGAUACACUGGGAAUCUUAAUAAAAGCUCCUGAUCAAAAUCAAGAACUGUUUCAAAUGUUUUUGCCUUUUCGUUAUGAUAUAUGGUUAUGCUUGAUUGGUUCAGUAUUCAUUUCAGCCUUGGCAAUCACUUUAUUUAGUAUUAUAAGUCCAUUUAGUGCAUGGAAUUUAGCCUUACCCGGAGCGACAUCAGAUGAAGUUUCAAUAUAUCAUAGCAUCUGGUUUACAGUUGGUGGUAUGCUAAUGCAGGGACAAGAACUACGUGCCAUCGCUUUCUCAGCAAGAACAGUAACACUUUUAUAUUGGCUUCUGGUUUUGGUAAUUCAAGCCACCUGGCAAGCUGAUUUGACAGCUUAUCUCACUAGGAAUACUGUACAUAAUCCUGUAUCGUCAUUGGAGGAUCUUGCAAUGUCUGGAUACUCAGUAGCUGCUAGACAAAACAGUAAUGUAGUUAAACUAUUUGAGAGUGCAACCAGGAGUUUAAUUUACUCAAUGAUUUAUGAAAAAAUUAUCGAAAAUCCCACUGAAAUAAAUAGUCUAGAAAACGGCAUAGACUUUGUACGAAAUAAUACAAAUAAUAUGUUUCUGGGCAACAGGAUAACAUUACUGAAUUAUCCUUAUAAUGAAGGAGAUGCUUUUGAAGUUGUUGAUGUUAGUGAUGUUGUGCUGCCAGUUUCAUUUGCAGUAAGAUUAAAUGAACAGUAUGCUAGUCUGAUGCUCAGCUUCAUGUCAACGCUUAGAGAAAAAGGAGUUAUCGAUCAUCUGAUUGACAAAUGGGAUGUUGAGAAGAGGCGAACAGUCGAAAAUUCAGCUACUUUCAAUUUGGUGAAUCUUCGCAAUAUAUCUGGUGCAUUUAUAGUACUUGCCGUAUUCAUUGUGAGUAGUCUGAUAGCCUUACUUCUGGAAAGAAUUUGGCACAAACGUUCACUGGAAAAGGAAAAACUCCAUCCAAAGUCCAAAAAGCAUGAUGAAGGUCAUUCCAACCUAUGGAGACGUUUUACAAAUCCUUCAGUCAAGUUACCAGAGCCCAAAUUGGAUUUAUCUCGCAGCCUCACAUUACAACAUCUGAAGUAUGCGGGACACAGGAGGGCAUCAGCAGCUUUCGACGCAACAGUAAUUGCAGCCGACCAUCAUACUAAAUCAAAUUUAGAUUAGGUCGUGGGAUUUUCAAAUUGCUCCGUGCAACGGCUUAACUGGAAUGGAAACGAUGAAACAAUUGAAUGAAGGUAUUAUAUUAGAUCAUAACACACU